AUGACUACCCCUCCAAAACUGACUGCUGCAAUUGCAAGAACACAAACGCCUGAGGACGAUUUCUUGGAUGGUGUUUUUCCGCUAAGACUAUGGGACACGGAACCUAAUCAAGGUGCAAAACCAAUCGAUCUCGAGCACAAAGAGACAAAGAAUCGCUUCCAUGGCUUCACGUUGCUCCGAAAGGCUUCAUCUUGUCUGAUCAGCCCUUCCAAUGUUUCAAGUGCAACCUCCACUACAAGCAUCUCCAAGUUCUCCUUCUUGGCCAUCAAACAGGACUCAAGUACAACGGCUCCAAUUACGAGCCCCCUCUCCACAUCGUGGGGUCAUUCGUCGAGCCGUGGAAGCACUAUCUCUUCGACGUCCGGCCGCGCCACCUAUGUAACUGAAUCCUGCCCAAGUCGUUCACCGUCCACCGCCUACUCAAUGCCACUACCGCCGAGCGACUAUCAACCCACUCGAACAAUUGAAUGCCAAUGUUCUCCUUGUAUGCAUGGAAAUAACAGUGAUUUUUCGGGUGGCCGUAUUACAAAGCAAAACUCGUCCAUUUCGGAGUAUGACAUCAGCUCAGCUUCUACGACUAGUGCCCGAUCCUCGCAAUUCAACUAUGGUCCUUGGAGCGGUGGUCAAAGGAAAUCCAAGGUACGCCCAUCCGCCAAAGAGUCGCCAAAAUGUCAAUGUGAUGAGUGUGAGAACGCGAGGGCUAUUCUCGCUAAGUGCAACAAGAAACACUUGCAGCCGACUAAUGUCGACACGUCUGCCGAGAAAAAGGCGCUCAAACUCGAAUUGGAGAGCAGUCGUGAUGCCUUCAGUCCAGCGUCUUCGAUUGUCAUCAGGCCUCCGCAAGAUAACUCGCUCAACGGACAAAAGGAUUUUGAAACCGAUAGU